GAGGUACCACAAGCACCUGCAAAUUUGAAGGUGAAGACAAGGACCAAUGACAAGUUGACUUUGGAAUGGACAAGGCCAAAGGCAAUUGGCGAUUCAAAGGUUACUGGGUACAAUAUUUCCCUGAAAAUGGUUGAUUCUGAUGACUGGAAAAAGAUUGGACGAGGCAGAUCAUUUGUCACCUCCUAUACCAUUAAGAAUCUGAAGCUGGACAAACAUUAUGUAUGUAGUGUCAGUGCUGAAAACAAAGUUGGUAAAGGACCAGCAGCCGAGGUAGAGUCUCCUGUUGUUCAACAUCAAAAGCCAGUGAAAGCUAUUGAGAAAGCCAGAACAAGCAAACAAUCUAUCAAGGAAAAGAAAGAAAAUGAAGCACUAUAUAGUGAUGUAGUGAAAAAGAAUUUAACUAGCAGACAAACAACAGCAGUAAAGCUUCCUUCUCUGAAGAUUGACAAAUUGAACAAGAAAAGCAUUUGGAAAAGACCUUACAAGAAAACAAAUGGAAAAUGUGAGGGACAGAAAAGACGGCCAUAUUCAGUAAUUCCCAUAACAACUUUACAAUUUGAGUGCACUCCAGAUGAAGAAGCUCGCCAAGAUAUUCAACUGGCUCAAGAUAAGGAUGGAUUUGUUGUGAGACAAAUUGAUAAUGUUAAAGGUAAAGGAGUGUUUGCUUCAAAGUUUUUCCAGAAAGGUGACUUUCUAAUGGAAUAUCAUGGGGAAUUGAUAAGUGGCAAUGAUGGUAAAAGACGGCUCAAAGAAUAUCCAAAUUCCUUUGGAAGUUACAUCAUGUUCUUCAGAUUUGCAGAAAAAGAAAUGUGUGUUGAUGCAACAUUCUCUAAAAGAAUCGGAAAGUACGUAAACGAUGGCAUAAAAAGUUGCCAAAAUGCCAGAGUUAGAAGGAUCAUUGUAGACACCAUACCAAGGGUUGCUAUAUAUGCUGUACAGGAUAUUUCCCCUGGAACUGAAAUUUUGUACGAUUAUGGUGUAAAUGACCUUCCAUGGAGGCAAAGUACUUCAAAAACAACCCAAAGGUGCUCUGUAGUAUUGGAGAAGAUGUGUUUAGCUGAUCUUAAAGGUUUAUUUUACCUUAGUAGUAUUUAAUUUAAAUGUUUUUUUCACAUCCAAAAAAUGUCACUUCUGAAAUAAAAAAAAACAAACUAAAAGACUUCAUGAAAUGCAAGUGUAGACAAAUAGAG